AUGGUAUUAUUGGUCAUGAGUUCGUUUUUGAUGAACUCUUCGCCAGCGGCCUAUGCGUCGGCCGAUCCGAAGUUCCCACCGACUGAAGAGUACUCGCAAUCCAAUUACAUUCCCACUCUUCAGGACUUCUACGGCCAAAGUGCUCCGCAACAGACCACCGUUGCUGCAGCUCAUCAGUCCCAUUAUGGAUACCAUCCCCACCACCCGGCCCUCAACUACAUCGACCAGCAGCAGCAGCAGUACCACCAUCACCACAACCAUCAUGUGGGCCCGCCGUCGGCCCCUCCGCAGUACUACACGCCAUGUACUGCUGGAGCCAUGGGUGCCACCGGCGCUCCGCCGCACGGAGCCAUUCAUCACCCGAUCGCAGCACAGCAUCAGAUAUCACCGCAUCAUCAGUCCUCAAUCACCCCUCAAAUGUCACACCUGUCCCGAGUGUCGAGUCCAUCAGCACUCCAUCGCUCGCCAUCGCCUCGCACUCAGGCCUUAAGUAUAGUGGAACCGCCCUCUCCGGGCGAUUGCGGACUCUCCGGCCAGAGUGGCAGUGACUCGGGAACCGGCAAUGGGGGCAGUGGUGGACAUCCAGUCAUCUACCCCUGGAUGAAGAAGGUUCACGUAAAUCAAGUGCAAAAUGGGACCACUUUUAGUGGAAUGGAGCCCAAGAGGCAGAGGACGGCCUACACUAGACAUCAGAUCCUAGAGUUAGAGAAGGAAUUCCAUUUCAACCGAUAUUUAACCCGAAGACGGCGUAUAGAGAUCGCACACUCGCUGUGUUUGAGUGAACGACAGAUUAAGAUAUGGUUUCAAAACCGGCGAAUGAAAUGGAAAAAAGACAAUAAACUGCCGAAUACUAAGAAUGUGAAGAAGAAGAACCAGCAGAACAACCAGUCGGCCAACAACGGCAACACUGGGGCCCAGUCGGGGCCCCAACCCUCACAAAAUGCUCACGACAUGUCAGGCCUGCUGCAGGCACCGCAGACCGCAAACCUCAUACCUACGGAGCCCAAGACUGAGGCGCCCACAUACGGACUCACCGAACUCUGAGACCAACUCCAUGGCCACUCACUCUAAUCACUCAUAUUUCCAUAUAUUAUAUAAUAUUAAUAAUUAAACAAUAGUUACUAAUCAUAACCACGUGAAUCUCGUUUACAUUCAUAGACUUGAAAACCAAAACUGAUAUAACGUGUGAUAAAUAUUCAAUGAAUUUCACUGUUAUAUUAUACGGCGAUAAAUCUCUCAUAACUUGUAUUUCUCAACUCAAUUGACGAAAACAUUAUAUAUAUUUUGCUCGAAACCGAGAUCACAGACCAAAGCCAAAAGGCCUGACAAAGACUGAAACAAACUCUGGGCUAACCAACCAUUUUCAACAUUCCUGUGAAAUAUUCAUUUGAAUUCAUUAUGAAUUAUUAAUAAUAUUAUAAUAUAAUCAAAGAAUUGAGACAAUGUUUGAUCGAAUUAAGACUGAUGUGUAUUAUAGACUAAAUGACUAAAUGAUGGCAACUGUGCAAUGAAUUCAAUCAAUCAGUUAUUUCCAUAAUAUUCUGGUUUUCAUCAAUUAGUUCUCAAUUAUAUUGAAAGAGAGUAUAAAGUGUACAGAAGAUUGUCGGCCAAACAUUCACACAUCGAGACAGACCCUCGAGUGACGGGCUAGGAGUUGUCAACUGUAUGUCCACCAAAUAUAAUGACUGCGAAACAAUUGAAAAACUAUACGACUAUACCAGUGAUUAUAUAAUAGUGUUUUCUGUACGUAUUAUCUCAAUAAAUAAAUAUAAAUCUCCGAAACUCUAGUACUCUAUACUCAAAACAACAUAAAAAGUGAUGGAUUUAGGAAUUUGCUGAUCGAUUGGCAUUUUAUGAUUAAUUUUCACUCAAAUACACUCCACAUCGAUGUUCCUCUAAUGUUAUAUUUUAUCAGCGCUUCAAACACCGCAACCAAUUGAAGCAAUUUUCCCAAAAUCAACGUAUUAUUGAUUAUUUCUUACUCAUUGCAUUGCAUUCUUGCACUCUUUUGCUCUCUCAUUCUCUCUCUCUCUCUCUCUCUCUC